GGCCGGAGUCAAUGCAACGGCGAACGCGGCUGUGGACAGUAGUGAAUAUUGUGUAAGAUCACACUUUGCCGAACGCAAACGGCGCACGGUCUGUGACAGAGCUAAAAGUGAAAUCGUGCAAAGCGGGCCGUCAACACAAAUGUGCGCAUAGCCGCGACUCAGUACAGCAUCCGCGCAGCAGUGCUACAGUAGAGUUAACGACAGURUAGUUAGUGCCCGUAUACCACCUGUGGCUACWUGAAUGAAAUUGAGUUUUCGRCGUUGUGAAUUUCUAUUUGAACUCGAAAGAUGCGCUUCCAUUCGAAUACGUUUGUUAUUUAAUAAGUACACGCAAUCAAUUAACUGUAAAUCGUGAAAGCGUGUUAAUAAGUGUAUCUAAAGCGGAUUAGCGAUAGUUGUGUGUGUUUGCGGAUCAACGUGCCAGCAGUGUCCAACAACCGGCGUCAUGAGUGCUGCCAUAGAGGGGUCAGGCGAGGUCAACGCCGUUGAUGCGCAGAAUAAUGAGAUCAAUGCAACYCAAACCAGUGUCGAGGUUAAAUUGCCGCUCGAAAAAGCUGAACAACGCAACACAGAGAGCAGUGAAAAGGCGUCAAGGACGAUACAUACUACUAUUGACGUGGAUGGAGACGACGAAAAACAAGUACAUAAAGACCCCAAGCAGACUGGUUCGAAUGGCAUCCAAAAUGGCCAAGGUCAAGGSUCGACAAGUCAGCAAGUCGAAGCUGACGACCCCGAACCAACGACUAAGUGUAAACUUCUGUUGGUGGUGCUCACAGCGAGUACUGCAGUYGUGGUCGUCGCGCUGCUGUGGAGUUUCUUUGGAUGGACAAGCGGCCUGCCAGCAUUGCUUGUCGCCAUUGUUGKUUUGUUACUARUGACAUUGGGCUGGCGUUGGUUCUAUAUAGCGGCCAUAACUUCUCAGCGCGAUAUUACCGCGCUAUGGGCUUACAUAAAACUACUCUUGCUCAUAAAGCGAUAUGAGCGCAGAAACGUUUCUAUAAGUGAUAUGUUUCAAAUGAACGUGUCAAAGCAUCCGGACAAAACUGCGAUCAUAAGUGAGACGCAGUCUUGGACAUUUCGGCAACUAGAUCAGUUUGCCAGUCGCAUUGCAGACAUAUUUCACAGUCACGGCUACAAAAAGGGCGAUGUGAUUGCAUUGAUGCUGGAGAACCGCGUCGAGUUCGUCGGCAUAUGGUUGGGCCUUUCGAAGCUUGGCAUUAUAACAGCACUUAUUAACACCAACCUUAGGGAGCGCUCACUGGUGCACAGUAUUACCGUGGCUAAAUGCUUAGCUCUCAUCUAUGGCGAAGAUUUUGCGGAKACUGUGGAAAGCGUUGCGUCUGAAAUGUCAGCAAAAUUAUAUCAAUUCAAUAAUGAAAUAAAUAGGGCAGUUCGAAACUCAGCAGAAGAUUUGGCCACCUUGAUGAACUCAUCCACCCAUGUCACAACGCAACCGAGCACCAUUCAACACCCRAAUCAUCACGACAAGCUUAUGUAUAUUUACACAUCCGGCACCACUGGUCUACCGAAGGCUGCAGUAAUCUCCCAUUCCCGGUACCUAUUUAUAGCGGCCGGCAUUCACUACGCCYUGAACUUCAGAAGCAAAGAUGUGUACUACACCCCACURCCGCUAUACCACACAGCCGGUGGAGUUAUGAGCAUGGGGCAAGCCCUGCUCUUCGGCUCGACCGUCGCUAUUCGGAAAAAGUUCUCAGCUUCGGGUUAUUUCAGUGACUGUGUGCGCUACAACUGCACCAUAGCACAAUAUAUCGGCGAAAUGGCCCGUUACAUAUUAGCUACGCCCCCAACGGAAUACGAUCGUUCGCAUAAAAUUCGUAUGAUUUUCGGUAAUGGGCUGCGUCCGCAAAUCUGGUCGCGCUUUGUUGAACGUUUCAACAUUCCAAAAGUGGGUGAAUUCUACGGAGCUACAGAGGGAAAUGCCAAUAUUAUGAACAACGACAACACUGUUGGCGCAAUUGGAUUUGUUUCUCGAAUUCUGCCACAAAUCUAUCCAAUAUCCAUAAUAAAAGCUGACCCCGAUACUGGUGAGCCCAUACGUGGUGCCGAUGGUUUGUGUAGACGYUGCGGCCCCAAUGAAUCAGGCGUAUUCAUUGGUAAAAUAAUUAAGGGCAAUCCGUCCAGAGAAUUUCUGGGCUAUGCUGACGAAAGCGCGUCUACGAAGAAAAUAGCACGUGACGUGUUCAAGAAAGGUGACAUGGCAUUCCUAUCAGGCGAUCUACUGACGUCUGACGAACGUGGCUACCUCUUCUUUGUCGAUCGCACGGGCGACACGUUUCGYUGGAAGGGCGAGAACGUAUCCACAAGUGAGGUGGAAGCACAAGUUAGUAAUAUGGCCAAUUACAAGGACACAGUAGUAUAUGGCGUGAUAAUACCGCAUACGGAAGGCCGCGCUGGUAUGGCGGCGAUUUAUGACCCACAGCGCGAAGUGGAUCUCGAACGCUUCGCACGAGAUAUGGCGGAGGCACUUCCAGUCUAUGCCAGACCGCAGUUCUUAAGAUUCCUAACUCACAUUGACCUAACCGGUACAUACAAAUUGCGUAAGGUGGACCUGCAGAAAGAAGGCUACAAUCCGAAUGUCAUACAGGAUGAACUUUACUACAAAACGCCCGCCGGCAGCUAUGAGACAUUAACGCGUGAUAUAUACGACAGAAUAAAUAACGGUGGAAUUCGGUUUUAAUUUGCUUAAUUUUAAUUUCGUAAAUUUAAUUUAGUUGUAGACAGUGUUAUGAAUGUUAGGAUAAGAUUAUUUCUAGAAGUAGAAACUAAAGGCAGUUUUGUGUAACUGUAAUCGCUAAUCACUACAUGUGAGUAAUUUAAGUUACACUGAUUUAUCAUAAUCGCUCUAAAUAAGAACGGCUGAAAGCGAAGUAGAUAUCAAAUURCUUACCAUUUUCGAGUCGAAAUUUAAUAAACCAUCAGACUCUUAGUCAAUUUA